AUGAGAAUCCUGCUCUUCAGCUUCGUAACUGUACUGCAGCUCUGUGCUGCGUUCCCAUCUGAACCCCAGCUGCCCAGAUCGCAGGGGGAAGGAGUGGAACAACCGCAGCCCAAAACCCAACUGAACACUGUCCCAGAAGAUAUAGUUCCACCUCUAACCAGCAAAGGUCCUGUGAAGAAUCUAGAGACACCCAAAGACCUGCAAGGUUCACAGGGAGGGAAGUCUACCGAAAUAUUUGUUGAAAAUGUCAACCUCAAAUGGCUGAGUUGGAACGGGGUCCUUCCAAAUGGUGCAGUGGGUAUCUAUAAUGGAUACGUCUCACGCACCGACUAUGUUUGCAAACUCAACUGUGAGGCUGGAUUCUACACACCAAGUAAGGGCCCAUACUGCUUCUACCCCUAUGCUGACAGAGAAUAUGCUGCCUCUGAAUUUGACAUCCUGGUCAAUGAGGACAACUUUGAGUUUCUGCAGUGGAAAGAUGAUUCCGACGGUUCUGUGCCCCCAUACUCUGUCAGAACAUGUUCAGGUAUCAACAUUUUUGUUGGGAAGAACAAAUAUGGCCUGGGAAAGAUUGCUACUCAACAUGAAGCUUUUUUUCUUCCAUGGGAUGGGGAUGAAUACUGGUAUAAGACGUACCAAGUGCUGACCAUCAACCAAGAUUACUAUGUCCAGCAUAUCUCUCAUGUGGAAUAUGCUGUUGACAAGAUAGAGCUUCUUCAUUAUCCACCAGAGACCUUGCAAUUAUCUAAGGUCACCAAUCUUGAGUGCCAAAGUGUUGAGAAAACUGUUCAUCUAGAAAAGAGCAGCACAGUGGAGAAGACCUGGGACAUUGGUCGAGACACACGGAAUGGAACAUCUUCCACCAUUACUGGCAAGAUCCCAAUACUGAACCCAGAGAAUGUGGACUUCUCCAAAGAGCAGACAGUAAGCUUUUCCAAGGGAACAACUAUUGUGGAGACCAUCAGCCAUACCAUCUCUGUUCAGAUUGUGGUCCAGCCAAACCACUCCUGUACAGUACGCAUGGAAGGGAAGAAGAUAGUAGCUGACAUCCCGUUCACAGCCAAACUGAGCCGCACUUAUCACAAUGGCAACACUCACUGGACAACUGUUACCGGUACCUAUAAUGGUGUGAGGAUUUCUGAACUAAAUGCUGUAAUAGACCGAUGCCAGCCAAUUCCUGAUGUUCAGCCCUGUCCCUGA